AUGACGCUGUGGCUUCACUCAGGCUGUCUGACAGGAGCCCUCGCCUCCUCACCCGCCUCCUCUUCUCUUCCUCCACCACCAUCGCUGCCCUCCCACCCUCCAGCCAGGCCAUGUCGACCCAGACCUCCACCUCCGGGACAAAGGUCCCCCUCUCGACCUCCUCUGCCUCCAGCCACCCCUACCAUUCUCCCUCCCGCUCCUUCAUCUCUUCCUCCUCCUCUUUCUCCCGUCAUCGUCUCCUCGCCGCCCCCUCCUCUCCCUGAACCGUCUGCCCCAUCCGAUCKGACUACUCCUCCCUCGUCCCCCAUGUCCUCCUCGCCCUCUCUCCCCCCGUCCUCACCRGCUCCUCCAUUGCUGAGCUCUGUGGACAAGCUGGUUGGGAGUGUUUCUGUGUGGCGACCCCAAGGACUCAGCCGAGACAGGAGCGUCUGCAUCCUGCAGGAGGAGUCYGCRGGAUGUUCGCAGGCGUUCCUGGUUCACAGCACAGAGGACAAGGUCCCCGUGAUUUCAGUCCGACUGCCUGAUGAGCAGGGAACACCSCAUGUUCACAACCUGACCGUCAAACAACACAAAACAUUUGUUCACUUAGAGGGAUCCUCUCUGGUUUUUGAUGACAUUUUCAAACUGAUAUCCUUCUACUGUGUCAGCAGGGACAUCCUCCCCAUCUCGUUGAGGUUACCCCAGGCCGUCAACGUGGCGACGAAGAAAGAAGAGCUGGAGGUCAUCUCAGCCUUGGGUGCAGAUUUCUGGGCGUCUGAUGUGAACCAGAAGGACCGGGAUGUCCCGGUUCAGCCCGACACAUACCUGUACGUAAACCCAGUCGCCGUGGAGGAGCAGCCCAACAAAAACCCAAACCCCGCCUCCUCCACCUCCAGGGCUGACCCCAUCUACAGCAAAAUCAUCGCCUCCUCCCUGCAGAACGGAGAACCCUCCAAGAAACCGAGCACGCAGGGCAAAGGGCCGACUCAGACCAGCCUGGAGGGUCCAUACAGGCGGCCCCCUCCUCCUCGACCCCCCAGCCUGGGUUCAGGCCCCGGGUUGGGCCUCCUCUUCUCCUCUCCUCAAACCUUAACUCCUGUAGCUCCGGAACCUGAGCGAAACGAGGAAGGAGGCGAGAAAGACGAGAAGAAGCCAACAUCACCUCCUCCAUCGAGGCCUCCUGUGCCCCUGCAGGCCCGAGCUGCUCCCCCUCUGCCCCCUGCUCCUCUGCACCGCACCUCCUCCUCCUCCAGGAAAAGCUCGGUCAAAGAGAGUACAGCGGGAGGAGACGAUGGACAGAAUCCUGCAAAGAGGAGUGAAAAGGGAGGAGAGAGAGGAAAAGAGAAACCGGGAGCAGAUCUGCUGGGCGAGGAGGCCGAGCAGGAGGCCAGCAGGAGAGACGAGGUGGACCUGAAGGCGGUGAAGGAGGACAAACUGAAGUCCCAGGGACCACUGUUGGUCAAGAAACCGUCUCGACCCAUCCCCCCGCCCAGGACCAAACCAGCAAACUCACCUGUGUGCUCCAGCCAGGUAGGAGGAGGAGCUUCAACCAAUCAGAGCGCAGAGACGAAACCUCCGCCUCCAUCCCCGAGACGCCCGGACGUGUCACUGUACUCGCCACAGGGGGGCGGAGCUCUGGGGCCCGACCAGGACUCCUGUUCCACCAGCAGUACCGAGGAGGAGGGAGAGACCAAUCAGGAGCAAGAAACAAACAACAGGACCCCUACAGAGAGCCGCAGCUCUAAACCAAUCGUCAAGCGGACCCCCACAGUCAUGCUGGACCGAGCCCGGCAUCGCCUGUCCACCGUCCUCACCGGACUCAUCUACCACGACGGCCGGCUCACCAAACGCAUCGUAGAGCUGGCCCGGGACCCCAUGAGCUACUUUGGUAACCUGGUGAAACACCACCGGGCCUUCACCCUGGAGACCAUAUCCAACCACUUGACCUCCACAGAGCUGCUGCAGGAAAUCCGGCAGAUGAUGACGCAACUGAAGAGCUACCUGCUGCAGAGCACGGAGCUGCAGGUCAUAAUGGAGCCGCAGCAUCAGUACACGCAGGACAAGCUGGAGAGCAUCAUCGAAGGGGCUCUGUGUAAAAGCGUUCUGAAGCCGCUGAAGGAGCCGAUCUACAAGAGUCUGGAAAAACUGCACGUCAGCACCGGCAGCAUGGAGCAGCUGGUCCAGAACCAGUCUGUCGUUCUCGGCAGCACCACCACAGCUCUGGGAAUCACCACCGCCGUCCCCGAGGCCSCCGCCAUGGAGAAGAUCAGCAUCAAGCUGAACAAACUGCACCAGGAGUACUCCCCGCAGAAGAAAAUCGAGCUCCUGCUGAAGACCUGCAAGAUCAUUUACAACUCCAUGUCCAUCAGCUCUCCCGGGCGGGUCCACGGCGCUGAUGACUUCCUUCCUGUAAUGAUGUACGUUCUGGCAAGAUCCAAUCUGUCCGCCCUGCAGCUGGAUGUCGAGUACAUGAUGGAGCUGAUGGACCCAGCGUUAACUCUAGGAGAAGGCUCGUAUUAUCUGACCACCACUUACGGAACUCUGGAGCACAUCAAGACCUUCGACCAGCAGAGGUCAGCGACGCGGCAGCUGAGCAGAGAGGUUCAGGACUCCAUCCACCGCUGGGAGCGGCGGCGCACYCUCAACCAGGAGCGCGAGGCCCAGGGAUCUGUUCGGGACUUCCUGACAGUGUAUUGUCCUGAGAUCGGGGAAAACCCCAAAACUCUGGGUGUGUUCCCCUCAAUGACCAUCCAGCAGCUCUCUGAACAGUGUGCCGCGCGAUUUGAACAAGACUCCUACACGCUCAGCGUCUACAUGGACAACAUCUACCAGCCCGUCAAACCGACAGAUUUGGCUCUCGGCGUGAAGAACAGCUGCCAACCGGGAGCCUACUGCUUCGUUUACCAUCCCAUUGGCCAAACGAUCGUCCAGCCGGUCCGUACCUGCCCUGCUGCCCUGCCCCCUCCACCUCCUCCGCCUCCUCCACCUCCUCCACC